UAACACAUCCACUGGGUCCCUCUCUCUCUGCUCACCUCUUUAUAAUUAUUAUAACUCUCAUAUCCUUUUACUUCUCUCUCUCUCUCUCGAACUAACUAUAUAUAUCCCUCCAUUUGCAUUAACGACAACGUGGACUGCAGGUGCUGACUGGUAUUUCGACAUCUUAUUAGCUCACAAAGCUACCAGACAACACCCCCCUUCUCAUUUCUCCCCCCAACUCCGUACCAUUCAGCUCUUUCUUCCAAGCCCCCCCUCCCUCCCUCCCUCCGUUACAUUUUUUUCUAACGUUUUAUUAUUACAAUUCCUCCCCCACGGUGUACUUCCCCUGCUUUAAAUCUCCAACCCACAUCAUCUUCUUUCUCUCUCACUCUCUAACACUCCCUCUAUUAAUUCAUUCUUCCCUCACCACCCUCAAUCCUUCACACCAACAAAGCAACCGUUUUCGCUAUUGAUCAACGUCGAUAAGAUAAAAUAAAAAAAAAGAAGAAAAGGAUGCAUCGCUGUUGCAGUGGUUCCCAGGGGCACGUGAUGGGACCCUGCACAUGUGGUAUGUUUCACAGCCAAACCACCAGCUCCUUCGCCAUGUUCUUCUCCAUGCCCAACCACAAACCACCACCCUACGAUGAUUCCGACAACAUUUAUGACUAUUCUUCCUUCACUCCCUCUUCCUCUUCUUCCGUUGACUGCACCCUCUCCCUCGGUACCCCUUCCACCCGCUUCUCCGAAGACGAAGAAAAACGAAGCCGCCACGAACGCCGUUCCGUCUCUAACUUCUGCUGGGACUUACUACAAUCCAAACACAACAACCCUCAAUCCCAUUCCAAGUCCUCCCGAACCACCAACACCACCGACCCUCUCCUCGCUCGCCGCUGCGCCAAUUGUGAUACCACUUCUACUCCUCUCUGGAGAAAUGGCCCCCGUGGCCCCAAGUCACUGUGCAAUGCGUGUGGGAUUAGAUUCAAGAAGGAGGAGAGAAGAGCGAGUGCGGCCGCCGCCACGCCGGCAUCGGCGGCUUCCGGUGGCGUUAUGGAAUCGGCGCAGGUGUACAAUAACUCGUGGUACGCACACCAGCAGAGUCAGAAGAUGCAGUGCUUCUCGCCGGGGAUGGGGAACGAGUUCCGUUUCGUGGAUGACGCCGAUAGAGACGCCGCCGAUAACGGCAUUCCGUUCCUCUCGUGGAGACUCAACGUCACGGACAGAACGAGCCUGGUUCACGACUUCACGAGAUGAACGAACGUUGAAAAAAAAGCAUAAUGAUAAUAAUAAUGACACAAGAUUACAAAAGGAGCUACCUAGACGGUCAAGACCAACAAGCAAGCACACAGGCAGUUAUACGUCAACGUUUUACGAUGAUGUUUUUGAUUGCGAUGGUUAUGUUAUGAUGGUCUCGUCGAUAUUAUGUUUUUUUUUUUCACUUUUUAGCUUUUCCAUUUUGUUUGCUUCCUUCUCUUCUCUCUCCCUCUUGCAUAAGAUGGUAAGAGAAUGGGAUAAAUUCUAUAAUCUUAGCUUGCUUUUUCUUUGGACUUAUUUCUUUAACUUUCUCUUUCAGUUACAUAUAUAAACCUACUUUUUUGUUGCC